GGCAUGCUCGAACUCCACCCGCCGCGCCGGAGGAGGGACUACAGUGCCCGCAGCAGCUGAGAGCAGAAGCAUGCGUGCGGACGUCGCUUUCGGUUGGCUCCUGCGGCUGUCUUGGGCUGCCCAGGAGGGCAGCGUUUCCGGCGGGAGAAGGGCACCCGCGCGGCUUCUGCAGCCCUGGCUGCUGAGCUGCCGCCGGUACGGCGGCUUCAUGGCUCAGUACGGCACGGAGCAGAGGGGGCGCCUGCAUUCAGCCAACUUCCGUCUCUAUUUCAAAAACUCAAAGGGAAAAUACAUUUCCCCAUUCCAUGACAUCCCUCUGUUUGCUGGACCAAAUGAGGAUAAGGAGAUUCCUGCAAAAAGAUCAAAGAAUAAUGGAAAUGAGGUUGUAUUUAAUAUGAUUGUAGAAGUACCUCGUUGGACAAAUGCUAAAAUGGAGAUUGCCACCAAGGAAUCAUUGAAUCCUAUUAAGCAAGAUGUAAAGGAAGGCCAGCUGCGAUAUGUGGCAAACAUUUUCCCCCAUAAAGGAUACAUUUGGAACUAUGGGGCCUUCCCUCAGACGUGGGAAGAUCCCAGGCAUACAGAUGAUAAUACAGGAUGCUGUGGUGACAAUGAUCCCAUUGAUGUCUGUGAAAUUGGUACCCAGGUUCGUACACUUGGUGAGGUUGUUAAGGUGAAGGCCCUUGGGCUUCUCGGUCUUAUUGAUCAAGGGGAAACUGACUGGAAGGUCAUAGCUAUUGGUGUGGAUGACCCACAUGCUCAGGAAGUCCAUGAUAUUGAUGAUGUCAGGAAGUUCUUCCCAGGUUACCUUGAAGCUACAGUUGACUGGUUCAGACGAUAUAAAGUCCCAGAUGGAAAGCCAGAAAAUCAGUUUGCUUUUAAUGGCACGUUUAAAGACAAGGCAUUUGCUUUUGAAAUCAUUAAAUCCACCCAUGAAUGCUGGAAAGCUUUGAUUCACAAGAAGGCUGAUAGAGGAGCCAUAAAAUGCACCAACCUUCUGGUAGGCACCAGCCCAUAUUGCUGCAAUGAAGAAGACAUCCAAACUAUUGUGCGAUCUGCUCCACCACUUGUGGAAGAAGAUUCUGUUUCCAAAGAAGUUGAUAGAUGGCAUUUUCUUGGAGAGUGAGAACUACCAUUGACUGAAAUCAGGCUACAAGACUGUCAACUUCAUCUGUCUUCCCUGUGCCUCCACCCCACCCUGCACAUGCAUGCACACACACACUUCACUAAGAUACACAACUGAAGCCACCAGUGACUGGACUCCACUGCACUGUAGAUUUUCUGUCCUGUAAAUAAAAUGGAUUUUUACAAUUUUC